AUGUUCCCCGACGCACCGGCGUCCCCUGAUGAACCAAGUCCUGUGAUAUCACCUACCCGCACGCGUAUGUUCUAUUUCAACUACCUUGUAACAGACACAAAAUUAACGGAUGAAGAACGAUGGCACCGUCGUUAUUACGAUUAUAUUUUUCCAAACAUGGAGAAGUCACGCUAUGAAGGCGAUGUUUUGCGAUCCCUAACAAAUGAAACCGUACUACGCCAACGGCAACAGAUUCAAUAUGAUCAUAUCGAUAGGUGUAUCUCCGGGUUCCACGUUUAUGACUCCAUGAAGGCCAACCAGGAGGGAUGGGCCAUUCCAGUGCUGCAGCAACUCUACGACAAUGGAAAGCCCGUCAUACUAUCCUCCCUCGCUGACGCUCCCUGCGCGGAUCUCGGAGUUGAUGGACUCUUAGAGAAUUUUAACAUGAUACUUCGCACUGAACACCCUCUCACACCUUCUCUAUCCAGCUUUUUCAAGUCAUGCAUCUCGAAACAUUAUGACUUUGGCACUGCGUAUGCGCAUCUCCGGCCGCUUUGGAAGAAUGGCUUCAAACGACACAACCGUGAAAUAGUGGACAGGAACAUGCGGGAGGAAGUAAUUAUGGACAAAAUAAUCGUCAGUCGCCUUGUGCCACCUCGACGGGUCUGGGAUUUGUAUAGUAAUCGGGUGGUACCAUGGUGGAUCGCAUGCCAGAAUCCAUGGGCGAUAUCACACGCGUGGAUGGAUGAGAAGGAUCGUAAGCCUGUGCUAACAGCAAUCAACGGCUACAAGUGGCCCGUGCCGAUCCCGAAAGAUACUGACUUGGAUGCCAUUCGGAUUGAGAUGAUCAAUCUAGGCGCGGAGUAUGUGUGGUUGGACGUCCUCUGCCUGAGGCAAGCAGGCGGAGAAGAGGAAAAUGUGCGCGCGGCGGAGUGGAAAGUAGAUGUUCCCACAAUUGGACGCAUAUACGAAAUGGCCGAGAGAGUGGUGUACUACUUUUGCGGGUUAGGUCGACCAUUCACGACUGAGGAGAGUGGUUUGAAGAGUGAUAGGAGUUGGUUCAGACGCGCUUGGACCCUGCAGGAGAUCAGCAAGCAUCCCAUCAUCGGCGGUACUUCCAUCGAUGACACGAUGGUGUACGAAAUGUUGCCAGCCAAAUUUUGUGAGCAGCUGCUGUCGCUGGAGAAAAUCGCAAAGCGUGUAUUCGAACAGACUGAUGUGUUUUCCAUAUUGUCUCACAUGCGGGAUCGAGUAUCGACCAAACCCAGAGACAGAAUUGCAGGACUAGCAUAUCUUCUGAGACCACAGAUCAUACCCGCAUAUUAUGAGGCGCAGUCGGAAGAGGAUGCCUGGACUGCAUUGGUGAAUGUAAUCGCACAUGAUUACAAGGCGCCAAUGCUUUUCCUAUACCCCGAACCUGGGAACGGAAACGAAAGAUGGAGACCAUCAUGGGACCAGGUCAUGAAUGGGAGCCUUCCAUCUCACAAUCCGUAUUUGCUGCACGACGCCGUCACGUGGAAUCGGGAGACGAAUACUAACUCGUAUCAAGCUUAUUUCAUCCGAUCGGCCCUUGUCCGAGGACUGGACCGGGAAGAUAAGCAUGGGAAGCCUCGGUGUGGAGAUUUUAUUGUCAAAGACAGGUUCAUUGGGAGAGACCAUAGUUUCAAGAUCGUCGCCGCCCACCAACACCGAAUUGCCGAGGGUUGGUAUACAAUUUUUAGUAGUGAAAAUAGAGGACUCCAUUCAGAGGACUCAAGGUACUGGGUUUGCGGUCGGAUGAGACCAGGGAAUACAUUCGAGAAACAGUCGGUUUUCCAGAUGCCGUACUUUGUGGAUGCCGAAAGGCUGAGGACUCUGCGCAUGGGUGAAAUGUCUCGCGUCACUCUUGCGUGA